UCUGUAGCUCCAUUGUGUGUUGCGGCUCUUCACCCGGACACACAGCGCGCGCGCCCGCAGGAUUUUUAACUCCAACUUCCGCUGCGGUUUGGUUUCUGUGUUGAGGCUGAGAGUGGAGUUUAAACACACAUCGCUGCUUCUGCUCAUCUUCUCCCUCAUCCGCAUCCUCCUCAUCCUCAUCACGAGUGCACGUGAUCCCCGGUGUCUUUGAUGUUACCUACAGAAAGCUCGGGAGGAGUGUGUUUCACCGUCAGGAUGAGGGGAUGAACAGAGCUGAAAGCACAUCUGCAGUGUUGAGCUGACUCUCACACUCAGGACAGUGUUCAUCCAGCUUUCAGAGCUAACAGAGAAAACAUCCGAGCACAUGCUUCAGCAGGGUCUAGCAAGUCAGCACUCAGAAGGAGGCCCGAACGGUAUGAAAACAGAGGAAAACCAGUCAUGUCUGCAGCAGGCUCCGUCUUCCACACCUUUUGAGCAUGUGGGCGGAGGUGAGGUGUGUGCAGGGUGUGAGUCACCCAUCGCUGACCGCUUCCUCCUGCGCGUGAACGAUCAGUCGUGGCACGAGACGUGUGUGAAGUGUGCCGUGUGUCUGAGCACGCUCAGUGGGACGUGCUACUCCCGAGACCGGCUGCUCUACUGCAAACACGACUACGAGAAGCUGUUUGUGCGGAAGUGCAGUGCUUGCCUGCAGGUGAUUGGCCGCUCAGAGCUGAUCAUGCGUGUGCUGGGGCAGGUGUAUCACCUGGGCUGCUUCAGCUGCUGCGAGUGUGAGCGCCGGCUCCAGAGGGGUGACGAGUUUGUGCUUAAGGAAGGUCAGCUGCUCUGCCGUGGGGAUUAUGAGAAGGAGAGAGAGAUGCUUGCUGCCAUCAGCCCCGCCCCCACCGAGUCUGUGAAGAGCGAGGAUGAAGAAGGAGGCAGCAGCUCCAUGGGAGGAAAAGCUGGUGAUGAUAGUAAAGAGCACAAGAGAUCCAAGCGGCCGCGCACCAUUUUAACCACACAGCAGCGCCGCGCCUUCAAGGCGUCCUUCGAGGUGUCCUCCAAACCCUGCCGAAAGGUGAGAGAGACCUUAGCAGCUGAAACUGGGCUGACGGUCCGAGUCGUCCAGGUCUGGUUCCAAAACCAGAGAGCGAAGAUGAAGAAAAUCGCUCGCAGGCAGCAGCAACAGCAGCAGCAGCAGGAGCAGGAGCAGAUCAGCGGCAGCAGCAGGAGGGGUCCGAGCAGAGGAGGACGACUGAGUAACGACGACAGCGAGGGUGAGACGCCAUACGGCUCGAGCAGUCACGGCUUAGACGGCAUGCUCUCAUACUCCUCCAUGCCACGACAGCAGCUCUUGGCUCUCGACCCAAACCUGUACGGGGGUGAGCAGUUCCGGCACGGUCUCACACCCCCGCAGCUAGGCCCCGAGCAGAUGCACCCAUACGACUCAGAAACCGUUUUCCACGACUUGGACAGCGAUGGAAGCCUGGGUCACCUCGGCGAUUGUCUCUUGGCGACGGCAGAGGGAGGGGUGCUGGCAGGACGCGUGGGAAAUCCAAUUGACCGCCUGUAUUCGAUGCAAAACUCCUACUUCACCUCGUGACCCCUCUUCACCUCUGACCCCAGACUAACUCCACCACAGUCCACAAGAGAAGCAGCAAACAAACAGACAAAGCCACGCUCAAAGCCCAGCGUGUUUGCCCAACUAAGCCUGCAGGAUCUCUCAUCCCGCAAUCACACACGAGUUUACGUCAGUCAUGAUCCUGUAGGAAUACCGUUAUAAAAUGAUUUAAAUAGCAAACAGGAAAUGAUGCGGUUUAGGGUUCGACUAGGAAUAAGAUCAUUGUAGCCUCAUGGCUUAAUCAAUAUUAAUACACACACACACACACACACUCACACAUUUAUGUCAUAGGCAUGCUGAAUGUUCGAUUAGGCAGCUGAUCACCAACAUUUUACCUCAUCAUCCGUCUCAAACAGUCCAAACAAAAUUCAUUCACAAAUCCAUCGUUUGCCAAAAAAAAAAAAAAAAACACACAGAAGAUAAACCUUGCAACCUUGCAUAGGAAGCCUUGCAUCUAUAUCAUCACAUAGUAGUCAAAUUAGAACUACAUCACAUUUACAACUGAGUGCAAAAGUUUGUACGCCCUCAAGCCCAAAUGAAGAAGAAAUUGAUGUACAGCAAUAAGGCAAGUUAUUAUUGAAAGUGGCUGGUCGAAUCUUGUAUUUUAAGAUAUUAAUAGUGAAAAAUGGCGGCUCAUCUCACUUUCUGGUUGUGAUAUAAAUAUUUAUUAUUAGCUUGUAUGCCCACGCUUUGCCCUUUUGCCUCCAACUUCUUUCAGCAGCUUUUCAGUUGUUGUAUUUGUCCACAAAUUCCAUUUUUUAACAUAUCCGCCUUUUUAUUCGUAGAUCAUUUGUAAAAUAUUGGUGGGGUGAAGUCAGGUAAACUGGCAUGCAGUUUCCUUUAAUAUUCUACAAGAAAAGGAAAUGCCAAACCUGCUUUCCCAUUCUAAGACCAAUCAAAUCAUUCGCUACAUGUCAAACACUGUUGUGACAAAAGUAUAAAAUUAUUUUCAGCAAUCUAAGAGGCAGGAUGCUCCACACUUAUCUGUCCCUUUUUAUCUCACUUCAUCCUACAUGUUUCUUUAUUUCCACCCAGAAGCCAUGGGGGUACAAACUUCUGCACUCAACUACUGUAAGAAAAAACAACAAAUCAGACCCAAAGAGGAGUGUUUUAUGAUUUCUAAUAAUGAAUGUCAUUUAAUUUUUUUUUUAGUAAAUUUUCUCAGAUUACAUUUGCACAUUCUAUUCUUUUGUUCUCUCUCAUUAGCCUCAUGCUAUUACACUUUAAUUACCAGGCCUUUGAUGAUGUAAUUUAGGAGUAUUAGGGACGGGAAAGACUAAACCGAGCAGCACUCUGGAGUCUUAAGGAGUCUCGGUAGGGUUCAGAGAGCAAAGGGAAAGCGUGCAUACCAGAGUGAUUAAGACGAGGCCAACACAAAUCCGCCCGGUGAUACAGGGUCAGGUGGACUCGCGUGGGAUUAAAUGAUUAAAUACUGGAAUUUUUGCCAUCCAUAACACAUACACUGCCAGUCAAAAGGUUUCUGGACGCUCUGUGUUAGCAGUUUUGUAGAAAUGCGUUGAAGAUAAUUACAGAAUUAUUGAUGUAAGUGAACUAGAAAUGGAAGUGAACUGAGAAAUGUGUGUGAAGUUUUUUAAUUUUAUGUUAUUGGGUUUUUUUUUCAGUCUCGAUCACUCUAAAGCGGCACUUGUAGCACUCAGUAUAUCAGUUUUACAGCUGAUACUAACACUAAUAUCUACAAUCAAUACAUUUUGGCUUAACUACUUCAUCAAGAAAGUGCAGCUUUAGUAAAGCGCUCAAUUAGAGGAUGAUUAGAGGUAAUAAUAAUAAUAAAAAUAAUAAUAAUUUUUAUUUCAUUUUGCAUCAUCAAAUGAAAAUGAAAUAAUGAAUCUCAAAGUGUUUUACAUGAAAAAAAAGAAAAAAAACUUAUUUCAUAUUUAUUUGACAAUAGUGAAUAAUACUGUAAGGAAAUGUAAAAAAAAAUUUUUUUUUGUUACUAAAAGUUCAAAAACUUGACUGGCAGUGGAUGUAUAUACCUUUGCAGCGUAUGUGAACUCCUCUCCUCUCCUCUGUAAUUUCCUCCCACCUUAUUCUUUCUUUUUCCCAUGUGAAAAAAACAAUUUCUUCCUUUCUAUCAAUUUCUUCUCUUUCUGUCGCUUACUUUUUCUCUGAGUUUUCCUUGAUUUAUGUUUUACUUGCAUUCCCUUUCUUUCUUUCUUUCUUUUGCCCCUCAAUUGCCUGUCUAUAUUUCCCGUAUCUUUCAUUCUCCCUCCUAGUUAAUAAUAAUGAUCAUAAUGUUUACGUCACACUUUUCUACAUUAAGCUUUAGUAAGAAGAAAACUUUUAAUAAAUAGGUGGAAUAUUAAUAACAUGAUUAUUUAGAGUUGAGACAGGGUACUUUUGAUGCUUCUGCCUAAGGAAAUAAUGCUAAAAAAAAAAAAAAACAAAAAAAAAACACCCCUUUGUUGAAGGAAAUCAUCUCAGAUGCAACUAAAAUGCUUUAAGGAGAGUUUUUUGGGCGUUUGUUGAAUUCUCAUGUCUGAGGUUUAAUGCUUAGGGUCAGGAGUUGAUCAGGGUCAUCACACUGCCAACAGGGUCUCGCGUUUACAGGGUAGAGGUACAUUAUUACAGCAUCCGCAUCAUCUUUACUACUAGUGUUUCAAAGUAAUGGCACCCUGGUGUUUCAGGGGGCUAUGUGAUGCUAAAUGUUCUUGUGCUCUAAUGUACUGCGCUUAACGUGUUCGUAUCAUGACUAAUAUGGUUGCGAUUAGCACUACUGUCUCUCUUCGUUCCUCUGUAUGAUACUGCUGGAUAUUUUGUAGCUUUCUCCUGCAUGACGGUGUGUACACGUGAGACGUUUCUUAUUUAAAAAAAAGAUUUUAUGACAUGUACAGAGCACUUAUUAUUAUUGUUUCAACCUCUGGACUGUGGAUGUUAUAUGAAACGGGCUGAGUAGCCUGAAGCUGGGAUUGGAUCUGACACCAGGGAUAUUAAGGCCACUGUUCUUGGACCGCUUUGUGAUUCUGGACUCUAUCAGGGUAACUGCUGAAAUGCGAGAGAAUUGACGGCACAAUUCUUUUAUUUUAGAUAUUUUUUUUUCUGUUCUGUGAUCUGUUCAAGUGGUUUCUGUGUAGUGUGUUUUCACCUUUACAAUAUAAUCAGUGGUUUCGUUGUUGAUAUGA